GCAAUGCAAUUCUCAAUCCUUGGCCUUCAAAACCCCAUCCCAACUCCCGCCGUCGGCUUCCCGCCGUCGAUCGGGAACCUCUCCUCCGGCGUCUCUCUUCGUCAUCGCAUGAACUGGUCUUCCCCUGCCCUGAGGACGGCGGCCGUGAUGGCUUCCCCCGGCUUCGAAGGUCAUCGGACUCUCAUGGAGUUCGUGGGCAAGGGAAACGCCGAGGUGGGAGACGAGUUGGCCCUUCUGGUCUCCCAUAUUCAGUACGCGUGCAAGCGAAUUGCGGCUUUGGUUGCCUCUCCUUUCCGCUCGGAGCUCAUCGCCAAGGCCAUGGCCGAUGUUGGAGCUGGUCCUUCAUUGUCCGGUAGGGAUGCUCCCAAGCCGCUCGAUGUCGUCGCGAAUGAAAUAAUAUUGUCAUCAGUCCAUAGCUCUGGAAAAGCUGCAGUCAUGGCAUCAGAGGAAGAUGAUGCUCCAAUUUGGAUAUCUGAUGAUGGCCCCUUUGUAGUAGUGACUGAUCCUCUUGAUGGUUCUCGAAACAUAGAUGCAUCCAUUCCUACUGGAACAAUAUUUGGAAUUUAUAACAGGCUACCAGAAUUAGAUCAUCUUCCAAUGGAUGAAAAGGCUCAACUCAAUUCUCUCCAAUGUGGAAAUAAGCUUGUUGCUUCUGGCUAUGUUCUAUAUUCCUCGGCCACCAUAUUAUGUAUCAGCUUUGGUUCCGGAACCCAUGCAUUCACACUCGACCAUCAGACUGGGGAAUUUGUUCUGACACAUCCCUGCAUACAAAUUCCACGUCGUGGACAAAUAUAUUCUGUAAAUGAUGCAAGAUAUUUCGACUGGCCUGAAGGUUUAAGGCAAUAUAUUGAUACUGUAAGACAAGGAAAGGGACAAUUUCCGAAGAAAUAUUCAGCUCGUUAUAUCUGCUCACUGGUUGCCGAUUUUCAUCGGACACUUAUAUAUGGUGGUUUGGCAAUGAAUCCAAGAGACCAUCUCAGGUUAGUCUAUGAGGCAAAUCCUCUGAGUUUUCUUGUGGAGAAUGCUGGUGGAAAGGGUUCAGAUGGCAAACAUAGGGUUCUUUCUAUUCAGCCUGUUAAACUGCAUCAAAGGCUUCCUUUGUUUUUAGGAAGUUUGGAAGACAUAAAUGAAUUAGAAAGUUAUGAUUCUGUUCAACAAAAAUUUAAUCCUGGGUAUGAAGUUUGAUGCUGAUGGGGGUUAAUGUUGUUAAAAAGUAAAAAGAUUUGUUGUAAAAGUUUUGGUUCAGUAAUUGUGGUUUUCCAUCUUUGUACAUGAAAAGACAAAUUGUAUUUGAAGCUGUUGUACAAUUUCUAAUA